AUGCACGAAAAUACAUUGAUUGCGGUAAUCAUUGGAGUUCUCAUGGCAUUGAUCCUCUUAGGAUGUGCCGGUUGGUACCUCGCAAAAUAUCGUGUCAACCGUGCAUUUAAGGAAGAUCAUGAGUUGGCACGAGAUACUGAGAAAGGACCUAACAAUACCCACAUCCCUAGGUACAACAACAAGGGCUGGGUCCGGCCUCCUAGAAAGGAAUUGGUCAUCUCAAAACCUAACUAUGUCUUGAUCGUGGAUGGCGACGGUCACAAGAUUCGCCGUGGUGGUCGACUGGCUCGAGAACUCCAGAGUACCUCCCAAGGCAACGGUUCGCAAGGGCAGCAGCGAUUGCAAAAGAAUCAGGAACAGAGUCAUGGCCAGAGCAAGCAUAACAAAAAGAACAAGCAGCACAACAAGGAUCAAAAGAAGAAUGAUCAGAACAGCGGGAACAAAGAAAGCGAGGGCAAGAAAAGCGAGGGCAAGAAGAAUGAAGACGGAAGUGGCCACAAAGCCAAUUCCCAUAGCCUUCAGGCGGGUCAGAAACAUGAGAAGAAUUAUGCCUGGGGUGUUUGGGACUCGGAUAGCCCGGCCAAGCCGGACGAUGAGAGAAAAUCCGGCUCAAAUAAAGGCAAACAGGACAACCAGGAGAACCAAGAUCAGGGCAACUGGAAUGAACAAAAUGCCUGGAAUGUCGACAACCAAGUCACCCAGGACAAUCACGACCAGGGCAAUUGGGAUGAGCAAAACAAAUGGCAUGGUGACAACGAAAUUGGUCAAAACGUUUCUUACCAGGAUGUCGGAAGCGGAAACGACGGCAACCACAAUAAAUGGAACAAUGAGCUGGGCCCCGAGGACUCUAUCAGCAACCAAAAGAGAAACAACAAUAGAGGCGAUUAUCACUGGAGACGAAACAGCCGAUCAUGCCAGGAAUCUGCCAUCAACACUUCAGCAAAUAACCGCAAUGGAGGUCAUCGAAACAGUCGAACUGGAUGGUCCAGCAAGAACAGACGGGGUCUACCACCGAGUGAUCAGGGAAGCCCUGGACACGAUAAAACCAAAUCGAAUCGAAGCAAGAAUUACGACAAUGCCAUGAGCUCACAAGUUCCUAUGGACGACCAGAAGAAGGAUGAAGGAGGUGUAACACAGGAGAAGUGGUAA